CGUUUGACAGAUGCGCUUAGUUACCCUAUCGCGUCGCGUUCCGCUCGAUCCAGUUUACGAUACUCAGCGUGCUGCGCUUCCACAUCCGCGGUUCGUGAGAUGCACUUAAUCGAUUAUUUGCGCAAAUUGCCCGAGCAUCGCUUCCUGGUAAUACAACAGUUUUGCGAUCUAUGCACGUAUCGCCUCGUUUUAUCGGCCAGUGGCAGAAAUUGUGGUGGAUCAUGGACGCGAACGUUCCCACCUACUCAUAUCGCCGUGAAGGACGGCGCCCAACCACAAAGGGACAUCCACGAGGUCUCGGGAGAUGUGGUACCGAUAAAUAUGGUAAAGGGAAUCGGACAUCUCAGAGAUCCCCGACUUAACAAGGGCUUGGCAUUCACCCUGAAAGAAAGGAUAGCUCUGGGGAUACACGGACUGCAACCUCCCAGAUUUAAGACGCAGGAGGAGCAACUGGCGCUAUGUAAAGCUUCAGUGAUGAAGUACUCGGAAGAUUUGAACCGAUAUCUGUAUCUCGUGGAGCUUCAAGAAAGGAACGAGAGAUUAUUUUUCCGUCUGUUGAGCGAAAACAUCGAACAGAUGAUGCCAAUCGUCUAUACACCCACUGUCGGUCUGGCCUGCCAAAAGUUCGGCGUGAUCUAUCGCAGACCUCGCGGCCUUUUUAUUACUAUAUAUGAUAAGGGUCACAUAUACGAGAUCUUGAAUAACUGGCCGGAGCAAGCCGUGCGAGCCAUCUGCGUGACAGACGGCGAGCGAAUUUUGGGUCUGGGCGACCUUGGGGCAUGCGGUAUGGGUAUCCCCGUCGGGAAACUAGCGCUUUACACAGCUCUGGCUGGCAUUAAACCGCACCAAUGUCUACCGAUUACCAUCGACGUAGGCACUAAUAACGAACAGCUGAGAAACGAUCCUCACUACAUCGGUCUUAACAAGCCUAGGAGCCAAGGUGCCGAGUAUGAUGAACUGAUCGACGAAUUUAUGGCUGCCUGCGUGCAAAAGUACGGACAAAACGUUCUUAUUCAAUUCGAAGACUUUGGUAACCACAAUGCCUUUCGUUUCUUAGAUAAAUAUAGGAAUAAAUACUGUACGUUCAACGAUGAUAUACAAGGUACAGCUGCGGUUGCGGUCGCUGGAAUCUUGGCAUCAAAAAGAAUAACUAAAAAGAGGAUGGCGGAUAAUAAAUUCGUCUUCCUGGGCGCCGGAGAGGCGGCCAUCGGAAUAGCUGAUCUCUGCGUGAAAGCGAUGGAGGCUGAUGGUUGUUCUCAACAGCAAGCGCGUGAUAGUAUCUGGAUGAUGGACAUUGACGGAUUGCUCGUGAAGAAUCGGCCCGAGGGUAAUCUGGAAGGCCAUAAGAUCUGGUACGCGAAGGAUUAUAAAGUGAUGAAAACGUUGAUCGAAGUUGUAAAGGAAGUCAAGCCUACCGUUCUGAUAGGUGCUUCGGCAGCUGCAGGAGCCUUCACUCCUGAAGUUCUAAGAGAGAUGGCGAAGAAUAACGAGAGGCCGUUGAUCUUUGCUUUGAGUAAUCCAACCAGCAAAGCUGAAUGUACGGCGCAGCAGGCGUACGAUAAUACCGAUGGUAGAUGUGUAUUCUCUUCCGGUUCACCAUUCGGUGAAGUGAAGUACAACGGGAAAACGUACAAGCCUGGACAAGGCAAUAACGCGUACAUCUUUCCCGGUAUCGCUUUGGGCGUUAUCGGCACCGGAGUGCAUCAUAUCACCGAGGAUCUCUUUUUAAUCUCGGCACAGGCUGUUGCCGAUCACGUGAAAGACGAGGAUCUUCAAAAGGGUAGUUUGUAUCCGCCGUUGAAUACCAUCCGAGAAUGCUCCAUCGACAUCGCGAUUAAGAUAGCCAAUUACGCUUACGCUAAAGGUGGUUUGGCGAGCGAGUAUCCGGAGCCGAAAGACAAGCGAGAAUUUAUCAUAAGUAAGAUGUACGAUGCCAACUAUGACAGUCCACUGCCAAAUCUAUACGACUGGCCGGGUGAUUAUGCCAAGCCUCGCAUGUUACCGGAAAAAUUAUGACAUGUUGGCGAAUCUAAACGCAAGACGAAUAAACAUAUACAAUAUAGAAAUCUUAAUAUUAAUUUUUAAUUUUUUGCAGUCAUAAAAACCAAUAAUGUUACGAAUGGUUAAAUGAAUAUUAUAUAUAUUCUUUAAUAUUAAGAAAUUGCAACUUAUUGAUGAUAAUUACACUCGAUGUUUCUUACGUUUAAAUAUUCUCAUGUAAUUAUUUAUUUAAUAUACUGUCUAAUGACGUAGUGAUGUUGAACGUCACGCAGAAUUUUAUAUAGAUAUAUGCUCGAGAGUAUAUAAUGUAUACAACUAUUCACUAACUUCGACAUGGAUUGUCAAAUAUUCCAAUAUUAUGGAUUAUUCUUUUUUUAAAGAUCUUUAUUUAAAAUAACAACAAAACUAUCUCUAAUAGCGUGGUAUCAUUAUAUUAUGUGACAUAUACAAUACACACACAUCAUAUACUUAUUUUAUAUUUAAAAUUAUAAUUAAUAAAUAGUUGUUUUUCUUAUUAUGAUUGUUACGCUAUCAGAGAUCAACUGCUCUCUCCUCGUUAUAUAAUUUUUCAAAUGAUAUAAAAUAUAAACUAUAUAAAUCGCGCGGAACAGUUACUUAUCUUAUUUAAUUGUGCAUCAAAUAAGCUACAGAGAAAUAUCAGGGAAAUCGUUAUAAUUAUUAUACAUAUAUAAAAUAUUGUAAUAUUAAUAUUUUUUUAUAUUCUGUGACAUGCAUUCUUAUAUUUUAUAGAAAAGAAUAUGCUAUCAAAUGAAAUUUUCGUCAAAAAAAAA